GACAGACAGACAGAGACAGACAGAGACAGAGAGAGAGAGAGAUAUGCUUCUGGUCAUGGUCUUCAGAGGUUUACUGGUGCUGGGUCUGAUCAUGUCACUGGAUGGACGUAAGAAAUGCCAGGAGACCAAACGGAAGGCAGCCAAUGGCUCCGGACCAGUCGAGGUCUUUGGAGUAAUGACUGUAGGUUUAGUUCUGGAUCCUAACCUGAAGACCGCUGUCUUCCCUGUCCUUCAUAAAGCCACCAGGUCUCUCUCUCCGUGGACAUACAGCGACACAUACGAUGAGACCCGGGUCCCUCAACAUAUCUCCCAGGCUCAGUGCCAGAGGUCUGGCUGUCUAACCCCAGACGGAGAAGAGGACAUGGGGUUGGAGUCCAAACCCAUACUCCAUCAGACCUUGGUGCUCCGCAGGGUUCAGGGAGAGAAGGGCUGCAGCGGAGGGAAGGGGAGGAAGAAGGGGAGGAAGAAGGGUUAUUUCUACAAACUGGACAGUGAGAGUGUAAAUGUGGGCUGUACCUGUGUGAGACCCAGCGUUUUCCAUCAGAAGCAGUGAUAAUAAGAAAACUCCUAAUUCAAGGAAAAUCAUUUCAAAAUUCUUUCAAUAUAAAAAGUUUCCAUGGAAAACCGGAUAUCUGAUUAUCUUGUACAUUUCCUGAUCGAAAUGGACCCUAAACUCUGUAGAGUAGCAUGGCUGUAACGUAGAUGUCUUGGAAGGGAGGAAUGAACGUUGAUGUGUUUGACAUAUAGUCUACCUGGAAAACGUCUGAGGUCAGGGUUCACAUUCUCUGUUCAUACUCUCCCACCGUGUUUUAGUUCAUUUAAAUUACUUGUUUAAAUAACUUGUUUAUUUAAAGGGAUACUUUGGGAUUUUUGGCAAUGAUGCCCUUUGUCUACUUCCCCAGAGUCAGACGAAGCCGUGGAUACCAUUUUUAUGUCUCUGUGUUUAGUAUGAAGGAAGUUAGAGGUAGUUUUGUGAGCCGAUGCUAACUAGCGUUAGCACAAUGGCGAAGUCUAGGAGUAUCUGCUAUCAUUGCCAAAAUGCCGAAGUAUUCCUUUAAAAGACUUGUUAAUUAAAUUGUACCUGUUUAUAUAAAUGACAGUGACAUCAUUAACGUUAAGUUGCACAAGACUAAAAUGUCAAUGUAAACAUUCAUUUUUUUUCAUUCAAGUAUUCUUAUUGCAUAGGAAUGUCCAUAUGAUAUUUAGCCUGUGACUAAAUAUUGACCCUAGUUUGUAGUAGAAUGAACACUUACCACUUAAUGUGUUUCUGAAUAAAUUAUAUUAUUUUGUUCUAAAU